AUGCCAACAAAAAGAAUUGCAAUCAUUGGUGCGGGUGUCAGUGGAUUAAGCGCCAUUAAGUGCUGCCUGGAGGAGGGACUUGAGCCGACCUGUUUUGAAGGAAGCAGUGACAUUGGGGGACUUUGGAGAUAUGAGGAGAAAAUUGAAGAAGGCAGGCCAAGUAUCUAUAAAUCUGCCAGCAGCAACACUUCUAAGGAAAUGACUGCCUACAGUGAUUUUCCCUUCCCUGACAAUCAUCCCAACUACAUGCACAAUUCCAAAAUCAUGGAGUAUCUCAGGAUGUAUAGCAAACAUUUUCACCUUAUGAAAUACAUCCAGUUUCAGUCAAAAGUGUGCAGUGUGAAGAAGCGUUCUGACUUCCCCUCCACGGGACAGUGGGAUGUUGUGGUAGAAGCAGAAGGGAAGCAAAAAUCCUACAUCUUUGAUGGAAUCAUGGUGUGCACUGGGCUCUAUACGAAUCCCAUUUUACCACUCCAGAACUUUCCAGGAAUCAAGAGAUUCAAAGGCCAAUAUAUCCACAGUUGGGAAUACAAAAGGCCAGAGAAGUUUGAAGGGAAGAGAAUUCUUGUGAUCGGCCUUGGAAAUUCUGGAACCGAUUUGGCAGUUGAACUCAGCCAUGUAGCUGCACAGGUAUUUCUGAGCACAAGACGAGGUGCAUGGAUUUGGAACCGGGUCUGGGAUCAUGGCAUGCCCAUGGACACUAUUCUCUUCACUCGUUAUAACUCUUUCCUCAAUAAAGUCUACCCGACAUUUUUAAUCAACAGAUGGGCAGAAAAUAAAUUAAAUGCACGAUUUAACCAUAACAUGUAUGGUUUGCAACCUCAACACAGAUUUCUGAGCCAUCAAGCUACCAUCAGUGAUGAUCUACCCAAUCAUAUUAUUUCUGGAAGAGUUUUGAUGAAAUCAAAUGUGAGAGAGUUCACUGAGACAUCAGCCAUCUUUGAAGAUGGCACAGAAGAGGACAUUGAUGUUGUCAUCUUUGCCACUGGAUAUGCUUUUUCUUUCCCUUUUUUGGAAAACAACUCAACAGUUCUGGACAGCCAGUAUUCCAUGUUUAAAUUUAUCUUUCCUCCUCAGCUAGAGAAACCAACCCUAGCUUUCAUUGGCAUCCUCCAGCCCGUGGGAGCCACCAUUCCCACAUCAGAACUCCAGAGUCGAUGGGUUGUACGAGUAUUCAAGGGAUUGAAUAAAUUACCCUCGGUGAAUGAAAUGAUGGCAGACAUAACAAAGAAGAGAAAAAAGAUGGAAAAAGAAUUCCUGAAUAAUCCCCGUGACAAACGCAGAGUGCAAUAUGUGGAUUACAUGGAUGAAAUUGCCUCUGAAAUUGGAGUGAAACCCAACCUGUUCUCGCUGUUCCUACGGGAUACAAAGCUAGCCAUGGAAAUUUUCUUUGGCCCAUGCACCCCCUACCAGUACCGCCUGCAGGGCCCAGGGAAGUGGGCUUAUGCCCGAGAAGCCAUCCUCACCCAGAAGGAGAGGAUCAUUAGGCCCCUGAGGACACGCAUCCUCCACCGUGAUCCACCUCCCUCUUCUGUACCACUUUGGCUUAAAGGUGUCUGUGCAGUGCUUCUCCUCUUCACCUUCACUUUAGUCAUUAUUGAAGGGCAGGCUUCCUAG